AUGAAAGUCAGCGGAUUAAUAGUCAUCGUUUUCCUCAUUUUCACCCUGAGUGAACGGGCAGCGGGUCAAACAGCUGCCGAAGUGGCGGCCUAUAAGCAAAUGCAACAGGCUUGCAUCAAGGAACUGAACAUUGCCGCCAGCGAUGCCAACCUGCUGACCACCGACAAGGAGGUGGCCAAUCCCUCGGAGUCCGUCAAGUGCUACCACAGUUGCGUCUACAAGAAGCUGGGACUCCUUGGCGAUGACAACAAGCCGAAUAAUGACAAGAUCCUUAAGUUUGCCCAGAUCCGAUUCAGUAGUCUGCCAGCGGAUAAGUUGAAGGCACUGCUCACAAGUUGUGGAACCACAAAAUCAGCCACCACAUGUGACUUUGUCUUUAAUUACGAGAAGUGUGUGGUCAAGGGAUUCAGUGGUUGA